CUACAACGUCAGCAGAACUAAAUGAGAAAGCAUAGAAAACUAACAGUAGGUCCAACGCUAAUUGCAUUUGCCAACAAGUGUCUGACACGAGAAGGUCGCUUCUGAGCGGAGCGCAAAAUUUUACAAAUCGCAACUGGAACUAAUACUGAGAGCUUCUAACCGAACCGAACUAAUACUGCAACAGCUUGGAAUUAUAAAUAUUCUAUAAUUCUAGUUAGGAAUGUAUUAGUGCCAAGUGCAGUGGGAGAGCAAUACAAGUAUGCUUAGAGGCGAAACAAAAACCAACAACUACUGCAUUGUGUAAGUGCAGAUCGCGUGUGAGCACCGGCGAAUACAGCAGUGUGCUACGAAUUAGUUAUGGCAAAGCGAGCGAAUGUUUUGUGGUUCCGCCAUGGGCUGCGAUUGCAUGACAAUCCGGCUCUAUUGGAGGCCAUUUCGGACAAGGCAGAGGGAAUUGCACUGAUACCGCUUUUCAUUUUUGAUGGCGAGAGUGCAGGCACCAAAACGGUUGGCUACAAUCGUAUGCGCUUCUUGCUGAAAUCCUUGGCUGAUAUCAAUAAUCAACUACAAGCCGUGCACAGCUCCGCAGGUGGUUUGGGCAAAUUGUAUCUAUUCCAAGGCAAUCCUACAGCCAUAUUUCGACGUUUGAAUGAUCAUUGUCAGCUGAAUAAAAUUUGUUUCGAACAAGAUUGUGAACCAAUCUGGAAUAGACGCGAUGACUCAGUGCGCGCUUUGUGUAACGAAUUGGGUAUUGAGGCAGUGGAAAAGGUCUCACAUACGCUUUGGGACCCUCGUACUGUCAUAAGCACGAAUGGUGGAAUCCCACCACUGACUUACCAGAUGUUUUUGCACACCGUAGAAAUAAUUGGUUUACCACCGCGUCCAGUGGAGGAUCCUGACUGGAAUGGAGUAGAGCUUUUACAACUACCUGAGAGCAUAUUAAUGGAGUUGAAUGCUUUUACACAGUUCCCCACACCGGAGGACAUGAACGUAUUUCCAGAUAAUGUUAGCUAUGUGGCAAAAGUAAAAUGGCGCGGCGGUGAGCAACAAGCCUUGCUGCAUCUCGCCGAGCGUCUUAAUGUCGAGGAGCACGCUUUCAAACACGGUUACUAUCUCCCAAAUCAAGCGCAUCCCAACAUAGUCGAAUCUCCGAAAUCGAUGAGCGCUCAUUUACGUUUCGGCUGCUUGUCAGUACGUCGUUUCUACUGGAGUGUACACGAUCUCUUCAAGAAUGUACAACUAGAGGCAUAUCAUCAAGGUAUACACAUGACUGGCGGUGAGCACAUCACUGGGCAGCUCAUUUGGCGUGAAUACUUUUAUACUAUGUCCGUAAAUAAUCCCUAUUACGAUCGCAUGGAGGGCAAUGAGAUCUGCUUGAACAUUCCAUGGGCAAAACCAGCUGCUGAUCAGCUGGAAAGUUGGCGUAGUGGCCACACGGGUUUUCCAUUGAUCGAUGCCGCGAUGCGUCAAUUGUUGGCCGAAGGUUGGUUACACCAUACACUUCGCAAUACGGUGGCAACCUUCCUGACACGCGGUGCACUCUGGCAAAAUUGGGAACAUGGCUUGCGACACUUUCUCAAAUACCUAUUAGAUGCUGAUUGGUCAGUGUGUGCCGGCAAUUGGAUGUGGGUCUCAUCGUCGGCAUUUGAGCGGCUGUUGGACUCCUCGCGGGUCUCUUGUCCCAUAGCUUUUUCGAAGCGUCUUGAUCCAAAGGGCGAAUACAUAAGACAGUAUGUGCCUGAAUUGGCGGCGGUGCCGCAAGAGUAUAUCCACGAACCUUGGCGCAUGCCGCAGGAACUCCAGGAGCGCUACGAAUGUCUAAUUGGUGUGCACUAUCCCGAACGCAUUGUCGACUUGGCCAAAAUGUCUAAGCGUAACACACUUGCUAUGCAAGCACUGAGGCACUCAUUGAUCGCCGAUGGCGCACCGGAUGAAGGACCACCCCACUGUCGUCCAUCCAACGAGGAGGAAGUGCGCCAGUUUUUUUGGCUGGUCGAUUAAAAAGCGAAAGUCUUAUCUUUCUUAACUCAUCUUAUCUUACCGAAUUUGUGUAUAAAGUUAAAAUUACUGGCUUAAAAUAUGGCCCUUUUUAAAUGUAUUUCACAUUAUAUCUGGAAUACUAUAUUACUUUAUUUACUAUGGAUAUAUACAUAAAUAUACCAAAUAUAUCAGUAGCAUGUUAGUCAACAAAUUUCUUUUAAA